AUGGAAGAGGCAAAACGAAGACUGUAUGAGCCUAUGGAAUCUGAUCCUAGAGGAUCCAGAAGGGAUCAUUUCAGAGCACGCUAUGCAGAGCAUAGACACCAUGAUUCAGCACAUCGAGAUUUUGAUUACAGGAAUCCUCAUUCUCGUUAUGAUUAUCCGGAGCCACAGAAUACAGCAGAGUUAAUCCGGAAGUGGAGAGUUACCUUUGAUUGGGUAGAAAAUGUUCUAAACUUCCUGGAGAGGACAGAAGAGCUGAGGGAGAGUUCUCACAUCUCUUAUCGUACCUUACUCGAGAAUGUCCCAGUGAUGUGGGUGGGAGAAGCCAUCUUCUGGUACAGAAACAAUAAACGUCUCUGGUAUUCUUGGCAAGAUUUUGUUCAUGAUUUGAACGCUCAUUUUCUACUUCGAAAUCACUUACUGAGAUUAGAGAGAGAGAUGAAUGAUCGUAUUCAGAAGGAAGGCGAGAGAAUCAGAGUCUACGUGACAGAGGCUCUCACUCUCAUGCGCAGACAUGACAGAUAUUCGGAAGAAGAGAAGCUGGAGAGAUUAUAUUUCAAUCUAAGAUGGGAAUAUAAAAAUCAUAUCAGAAAGAUCUACUGUCGAACGAUAAAUGACUUGAUAGCAUUGGGUAGCGAUUAUGAGAGUGAAGUGCUGGAACUCGACAGAGAUGCUCGUCAAGAGGUGAAGAUCUCUGGAAAAGCCGAUAAGAACAAGCAGAAGAAAGACGAUAGCAAAAAGAAAUCAAAUUCUGCAACUGAAGUAGCUGCAAUCACAGCUGAAAAGUAUGACAGGCCUCAGCACUGCUGGAAAUGCAGGCAAAAGGGUCGUCAGACAAGGAAUUGCGAAAACCCAAGGCCUAACGCAGCACCUGUACAGCAAUGUAGGAAUGGACCAGUGCCGAUUCCGAUGAACCAGGUGAAUCAACAGCUGAUGAAUGUACCUUUGUCAUAUACUGGAACCUCAAAUCAGCCAUUAUUGCUGACAGAUAACAGGGUUUACAUGAACAUCAUAAUCGAUGGAGUAAAUUACCUGGGAUUGAUGGAUUCAGGAGCAGUCAAGACGUAUAUAUCUCCAUCUACAUACAAACAGAUCUUGACUAAUAAUCCAGAACUAAAACUACAGAAGACAGGUCAUACCGUCCGAGUUGCUGAUGGUCGCAUGACUCCUAUCAGUGGCAAACUCGAAAUAAUCGUUAAUUUUCAGCCAGUUACAACACUUUGUACUUUCUACGUAAUGGAAGAGCUCAGUGCACCCAUUAUAGUCGGAGUGGACAUUAUGAGGAAAAUGGGGUUUUCAAUGCGUUUCGAACCUCAGGAUGAUCUAUCAGAAGAUGAGGAGAUUGGUACUAUUGGAUAUAUUACAGAAGCAGAUCAGAUAGAAGAACCAAUAGAUGAAGAACCGGCUGAGAGAAGAGUAAAACAGAACCUAGAAAAUCUGAUACACUUCAUCGGUCAACGUUUCGGAUUAGCAGAGAUAUCAGAUGAAUGGGGGGAAGACUUAGAGCCUCGAACACCAGAACGAGGAUAUGAAGAAGCCAUUGCAGAGAUUAUGACUGAACUAGAAAAAUUGAAGGACAUAAAAGGACCAACGAACUUGAUUAAGUAUACUAUCAGGCUGAAAGAGAACACAGAACCAAUUAAAUUCAGAUAUGCCUCGAAAAAUCCAGCAAUACUCAAGAUAAUGCAGGAAGAAGUGGACAGAAUGGAAGCAGAAGGGAUCAUUGAAGAUUCUGACAGUCCUUGGAAUUCACCAGUAGUAAUAGUGAAAAUAAAAAAUAAUAAGAACAGAUUCUGUGUUGACUAUAGGAAGGUGAAUGAAGUGGCGGUAAAGGAUGCUUACCGUUUGCCACACAUCAACACUAUGUUGGACAAGUUUCACAAUGCUCAGUAUAUCUCAGUAAUUAAUCUCAAGAAUGGGUAUUGGCAAGUGCCAAUGGAUGAGGCAAGUAAGCCAAUUACUGCAUUUACGGUACCUGGUCGUGGCUUGCAGCAAUUCAAGGUCAUGCCUUUCGGAUUUACGUCAGCACCAGCUACUUUUCAAAGGUUGUUAGAUAGAGUAAUUAAACCAGAACUUGAGAAUAAGGUAGGAGCGUACCUUGACGACAUUUAUGUAGUUGGAUCUAGCCUGGAUGAAAGUGUUCCAAAUCAGAAGAUAGUUUUCGGUUGGUUAGGUGAUGCUAAGUUGCAGAUUAACAUAGAAAAGAGCGAAUUUUUGCAAACUGCGACACGAUAUCUAGGACAUAUAGUUGGACGUAAUGGUAUCAGACCAGACCCUGAAAAGGUCGAAGCCAUCACGCAGAUUUCAGAACCUGAAAUGUCAGAGAAUUAA